UUUCUCCGCGACGGUACCUAGUAGCGCUUGCCGUGAAACUUUUCCAUUUGAGUGUACGCUUAGUGAGUGUAUAAUGUGAAGUGUGGUGCUCAGUAUGACCGUGCUACUCGUUUUCGGACUUUUUGUUGUUAUAGCCACCGCUCACAACAUUACAUACCUGGAGGUACCGCAGUAUGGUGACCCCCGGAGGGACGCGUACCUCGCUUGCCACUACGUUAAGGAGAGAGGGGAUCCAGCCCUCCACUCAGUGAAGUGGUACCGUGAUAACAACGAAAUAUUUCGAUAUAUGCCUGGGCAACAGCCCUCAACAAGAACCUUUAACACAACUGGUGGCGUUACCAGGGGUACAUGUGACGAGAACAAGUGCUCAAUAAGUGUGGCUCUACCCAAGCGAUUUAACACCAGGAUAUCAUUCACAUGUGAAGUAUCGACAGAAGGGCCUAGGUUUGAAGUUGUGAAUCAAACAAAAUAUUUAACGGUGGCUGUGACGCUGAAAGAAGACCCAGUGAUAUCGGGCCUACCAGGGAGUGUGCAAGUUGGAGAGGACGUACUUUUGAAUUGCUCGACAGGGCCUGCAAUGCCUCCAGCAAACAUUAUUUGGUAUAUCGAUGGAAGGCCAGAGAAGAUGGAGCAAUGGAUGUCAAUGAACGACCACACCGAAGUAUCAACGGCGGAUGACUACGGGCUACGGUCGAGUUGGAGGCCACUUCGCUUUCGAGUGACGACAGUGAGGGCCGCAAUAAGUCUAACAUGUGAGGCUACGCAGCCCACUCGGCCCUCGUUUACUCGAUCAACCAAUCUGACCCUCGCUGUGGCUCGAUCACCGCAUCUAUCUAUGUUUACUGCCUCAGGUUCGAAUCCCAGCUCAUUUACAGCAGCCGCAGUUAUUGCCAGUAUGUUAGUGCAUACGUUAUCUAAAUACAGUGCCUUGAGUGAUAAAUAAUCGACGUGGUCGAUAUAUGGAGUGACGGUAUUGUAUAAAGUAUGUUAAGGUACCAUGGUACAAUAAUUAUCACCCGAUGCUGAUUGCUCGAAAAAUGUUAUUAUUAUACUAUGGUUAGAUAAAAUAUUCCAUCCGAUUGUGCAUAUCAAUAAUGAAUCUUUUUUAUAAUUUAUUUAAUUAAGCAACGUGUAAUAUGAGAUAAUUAACUGGAAUAUUUAUGGACGAAAUUUAAUUAGUCAUCAAGUAUUAUAUUUUUUAUUAAUUUUUCCAACAUUAUUGAUAUGCACACAAUUAAUUUGAUUGUUAUAUGUUAAUUAAUGUUUUUGAUAUCAAAAAAUACGGUAUCAAAUGUUGUAAGGCCCGCCAAAAGAAAUGUAUUUUGGUGAAAUAGGAAAAUUGACGCGUUUUCAUCAGUAAUGUUGGUAGGUUUCGGCGGUUAAGAAAAUGGCUGUGAAUGACUUAAAUUGGUUCUUAUAAACGCUAAAUCUAGUAAAUUAUUUCAUUAAUUUUUGACUUGGUAGGCAGUAUUACCGUUUUACUAAAACGA